AUGAGACUUAGGGAUUUCCAUAAAAAGCGAGCUGUGAAAUAUAAUUCCCAAAUUGAUUGGAGUAAGUACAAAGAAACUCGAAAUAAAGUACACUUAGAAUUGCGUUUGGCAAAAAAAGAUUAUUUCUAUGAUAAAAUUAAAUUAAGUGCUCAGCCUAAUGAUGUGGGGAAAAGUUGGUCAUUAAUUAACAGCCUUAUUGGUAAGACCUCGAAAGAUAAUAACAUUACGGAACUCUGUGUCGAUGAUUCUUCCACUUCAGAUGAUUGUGUAAUUGCGGAAACUUUUAAUGAGUUUUUUGUCUCCAUUGGUUCAAAAUUAGCUUCUGAGUCCUGCAGUGACUCGAUGCAUGCGACAAAGACUAAUAAUACCCCACGCUCGAGCACAAUUUUUAAGUUUUCUGAAAUAGGAGUGGAAGAGGUCACUGCUGAUGGGUUGCGUAAUCUUAAAAUAUCAAACGCAACUGGCAUCGAUAUGAUACCUUCUCGUGCUCUCAAGAUAGCUGCAGAUAUUAUUGCACCAUCAAUAACUUGGAUUUUUAAUCUGUCUUUAAAAGCCGGAAUUUUUGUUGACGCAUGGAAAAAGGCUUGCGUAUUACCAAUUUACAAAUCCGGCGAUAGACAAUUAUGCGAAAACUAUCGGCCAAUUUCGAUCUUGCCUGUCAUAAGUAAGAUACUAGAAAUAGAGAGAUCUGUUUUUGAUCAAUUAUACAAAUUUCUUAAUGACAACUCCCUUUUAUCAAAAUAUCAAUCCGGUUUUCGGCCAAAGAACUCAGAGAAUUCCUCAAAAAUAGCUUUAAAUUUAGCGGAGCGAAACUUUGGAAUAGCCUCCCUUUGCAAGCAAAACUAUAGCUCAGUCUGAAUAUACCUUUAAAAUGAAUAUUAAUAGUCUUGAUACAUAAUUUACUUAUUUCUUCGUUAUCUUGUAAAUAUCUUGUAAAUAUUCUUGUAAAUAACUUUAUUUAUUCAAGUGUGUUCCGACGCCUCUCAUGGAAACCAGCUUGUUGCUGAUGAGGCUAGCGUCGUUUUUUUUUCCUUUUCGCUUUUAAAUAAAAGUUUACAUACAUACAUACAUACAUACACAAGCCACAAGGUUUAUGAAUUAUUAAUUAAUGAGUAUUUUAAAUGUUUACACAAGCUCGUAUACAAGAAUACCAAAUUUAUUUUAAUUUUUUAACAAGGUAAGUUUUGUACUAUUUUGAUUUUCGUGUUUAUAAUUAUACAAGUAAAACUGAUUUCUUAUGAUAUAUUUACACUACUUAUCAAUAGAUCUAAUGAUUCGCCUGUGUGUAAUAAAAUAUCCCUAGAGAUAUCACGCUAUUGAAGGCCGAAACGUAAACUUCACCAUAAUGGACUUUGUGCCUCAAUGGUUCAAAUACAAAUCAAUACAUUCUAACAAUACAUUCUAAUUAAUACAUUCCAAUUAAUACAUUCUAACAAUAUUUAUUUAGCGUUUUGAUAUACCAAACAAGAUACGAAUAAUUCGCAAUGUAUAAAACGAGGUAUGAAUAUAUUAUAAGAAAUCAGUUUUACUUGUAUAAUUACAAACUGUUAAAGAAUUAAGAGAGGAUGUCCACAAAAAUCAAACAUAAGGCGGCCACGACGGAAAAAUCGAUUUUGCUCAAAUUUUGCCCAGAUAUACCUUAUUAUAUCGGAAAAUGCACCAUAUAUAUUUUUAGGUCAAAUGCUUUUUAACUUUGAGAAAAUGCCGUUUUAACACGACCACCCUAAAUCGCCAUUUUGUCUGGGAAAAUAUGCGCUGAUUUUACCGACAAAUUUCACGACGACAACCGUUUCUAAUCGAUCUAAAACCCUCAAAAUCUUGUUUUCGGUUAUUCAAAGGACCGGGUACGUGACUUACAGGAAAUCUGAGUUACUUUUAGGAAUAGAAAUAAUCGUAGUUUUGGAGCACACUAUCUUACUUCAUUUACGAUACCCUCUUAACAAAACCGAUUUUCACUAUGGGAUAAAGCUCCAAAUCGAUCAUGCUUCUACUAGUUGACUCUUUAAUAAACAAGCUUUCAAUUGACGUAAAUACUUCUUUGGGCAAAUGAAUACGCGAUAAACGACAGCGCGCUGAAAUCGUCCGUUUUUGACGUCUUGCAAGCAAACGCUGUUAAUUUACAUACCGUCGAAGUAAACAAUUUAAUCAAGUAUCCUAGUAUUUUACCUUUUGAGAAGAAGAUAUAUUCUUGAAUGAAGACUUUUUGCCUUGCUAAGUUUAAAAUUGGUCCAAAAAUCUUGAUAUAUUUGUAAAAUAUCAUCAUAUACAGGUAUUUUGUACGGUGGCCCAGACGCGACAUCAUGAAAUACAUUUUGCAUUUCCAUGUUUCCGCAUUUUCAACUUUUGCAUUUCCAUGUUUUCGCAUUUUCAACUUUUGCAUUUCCAUGUUUUCGCAUUUUCAACUUUUGCAUUUCCAUGUUUUCGUAUUUUCGCAUUUUCGUAUUUUCGUGUUUUCGUAUUUUCGUAUUUUCGUAUUUUCAUAUUUUCGUAUUUUCAACUUUUGCAUUUCCAUGUUUUCGUAUUUUCGUAUUUUCAUAUUUUCGUAUUUUCGUGUUUUUAUAUUUUGUAUACUUUCGUAACUUUCAUACAAUAUUUUUAAUUUAUAAAGUUAUUCGCUGUUAUAGUUUAUAUUGGCACCGACUGUACAUUAUUUAGACAAUAUAGUACAGAUAAUACAGCGACUUUAUUCGAAGUCGACUUGGUUAUAAACUAUAUAUUUUCCUCGCUCUAUUCCGCUCCUCAAUUAUUUCGAAGUUAUUUGUUUACAUGUUAAUUAACUUGUUAAAUUAUAUCGUGGUGCAGUUUAAAGGCUGCAACGAUCACGACGAGACAACUGUGUCAACUGUAUUUAAGUCAAACCGGAUGUUCUCUUGCGAGCAACAUUGCUAUUGUCCUACAAUAUUGCAAUUUUGAUAGGGAGAUUGUACAUUAUAUAGACAGUAUAAUAUACUACAGAUACAGAGACUUUAUUCUAAGUCGACUUGGUUAUAAACUAUAUAUAUUUUCCUCGCUCUAUCCCGCUCCUCAAUUCUUUUAAAGUUAUUUGUUUACAUGUUAAUUAACUUGUUAAAUUAUAUUGUAAAUAAUUUUGAAACAAGUGAUAGCGAUAUUACAUUUAUUAAACGACGGUUUCGUUGCUACAGCGUGCAUUAUUUUCAAGUUAUGUAUAGUAAUUACAUUUAUAUUGCGUCGUUUAAUAAAUGUAAUAUCGCUAUCAUUUGUUUCAAAAUUAUUUUGAAAAAGGUUUUUGAUUAAAUUAUAUUGUGGUGCAGUUUAAGGGCUGCAACGAUCACGACGAGACUACUGUGUCUACUUGGUGUACUGUAUUUAACUCAAACCGGAUGAUCUCUUGCAAGCAAUUAACAUUGCAAUAUUGUCCUACAAUAUUGCAAUUUUGAUAGGGAGAUUGUUCUGAUCAGUUUGCAAGCCGAUGCGAACAAAUAGGCCGUGGGCUUUGUUAGCCAAAAUCACUUCGCUUCGUGCCACCCAUGUCAUGUAGGAAGUACUUGAUUUGUGAUUUAUAUAUUUGAAAGGAAUUAUAGGUACAUUACUACCAAAAAAGUUCCCAAGCAAGGCUUGUCCAUUGCCGAGAAAAUGAGUGAUCAAUGAUUAUCCUCAAUUAAAUUCAUAUUACAGCAUACACAUUAGAAAUUUUGUAUUAAAUUACAAUAAAAAUGACAUGUAUAAUUGGGCACGUUGUUUUGUUUUGUUUUGUUUUGUUUUGUUUGUUUUUUUUUGGUUGGGAACUUUUGUUUGGUAAUUGAACAUCUAUGGUACUACGCAUUGAACCACAUAAAAUCUAUUCUCCAGGGGGGUUGCCUUUUGUCGUACAACAGCCCACGGCCACAGAAUAAAUAUCCACACAGAAGGGCCAUAUACGUCGGAAGCUUUGAAGUUUCCGUGGCGGUGGCCGCCAUCUCAUAGCUAUAGUCGAUUACAUUUUCUGGCCAAUAAACGCGCUGUAUUGGCUUGAUGCCCUGCCUUCUGGGUGAUCGCUAGAUAGUAUACUUCAAAAUAAGGUUUCCGUUUUUAUAACGUAGAAAAAACUAUCCUAACGCAAAACUGAACCCUAAUACUAAACCUUACCCUAACCCCAACCUAACCUUAACCUAACCCUAACUUAUUUUAAAAAUUGAUAUAAAAAUGGAAAUCUUAUUUUAAAGUAUACUAUCUAGCAAAAAUAUUUGCAUAAAAAAUGGCUACACCUUGCACCGUUGAGUGGCCUUUCUGGUACUGAUCUGUAUUUUGUGUCACGGCUAAAAAUUGCAAGUUGAAAUUGACAAUGAAAUUGACAAAACGGCAUCGGUCGCCAUUUUGAAAAUCACUUAGGUGAUUAUCGCGUAAUAGUCACCUCAACGGCAACCAAUCAGCGUGGAGAAUUUUCAAUAAUGACGUAUGUAAUUAUACUAAUACUGAUUAAUGCGAAAAUGUAAAAGUUGAAAAUGCAAAAGUUGAAAAUGCAAAAGUUGUAAAUGCAAAAGUUGAAAAUGUAAAAGUUGAAAAUGCAAAAAUUGAAAAUGCAAAAGUUGAAAAUGUAAAAGUUGAAAAUGUAAAAGUUGAAAAUGUAAAAGUUGAAAAUGUGAAAGUUGAAAACGUAAAAGUUGAAAUUGUAAAAGUUGAAAAUGUAAAAGUUGAAAAUGUAAAAGUUGAAAAUGCGAAAGUUGAAAAUGUAAAAGUUGAAAAUGCAAAAGUUGAAAAUGCAAAAGUUGAAAAUGUAAAAGUUGAAAAUGCAAAAGUUGAAAAUGUAAAAGUUGAAAAUGCAAAAGUUGAAAAUGUAAAAGUUGAAAAUGCAAAAGUUGAAAAUGCAAAAGUUGAAAAUGCAAAAGUUGAAAAUGUAAAAGUUGAAAAU